CGACACCAUUCUUCUUGUUGACUUUAUUUUGUGAAAUUGGUUAGUAAAUUUUCUUCUUGAAGUAAAUUGAAGUUGGACAUGCAAAAGAUUCCAGGGACUAUUCAGAGAUAAAUUGAUUUGCCGUUCGAUUGGAUUUCAAGACCACGGUCACCAGGUUAUCGACAGGCGGUGUGUUGUUGUAUUUUCCUAAAUGGCAGAUGAGAGUUCGCCGACUCAGAGACAAAAGAAAGGCAGAUUAAUUUUAAGUAAUUACACCAGCAACAUGAAUGCUGAUUUGCGCAAAAUGGUUACUGAUGCAGAAGCACCAUAUGCUCAGUGUGAGAUCCACGAUGCUGAAAUGAUGGAGAAAAACAUUGCCUGCAUCGUAUGUCAGAAAUUAGUCUGUGCUCUAUGUUUACGGGAUUUUCAUCUUAGUCAUGAAAUUAUGAGCGUGAUCAAAUUACGAGAACUGAAACAACUGGGGGGCUCAAUAGAAUCAGAUGUGAAUACCUUGCAGUCCUGUCAAUUACAUAUACAGACACAGUUAACACAACGUUCAGAGGUUCUAGAGAAGAUAGAGAAAUCAAAAGAAUCUUUAAUAUCAAAUAUAGAUAAAGCCUUUGAACAGCUCCACGAAAUACUAAAAAAUAAACACGAGGAUGUGUUACAAUAUAUAAUGGUGUAUUAUAAUCGUAGCCAUGAAGUUAUCAAGAACGAUAUAGAUAUACUGAGUGAACGUUAUAAAGAGGGGUCAGCCAUGAUUAAAAGAGUUCUCUCGUUCUUCAAUAAAUUACAUGUAAUGUUAAAAGAAUCUCCUGACCUGCCAAAAGAAUUGAAGAAAAUGUCUGAAAGUUUGACUGGUUUACCUCCAGUAGGAAAUGUAGAACAAAUGAUGGUAGACGUCAAGUUUGAUAAAAUACUUCCGUCUUUACAGGCUAUAUCUAAUAUAUGUCAAAGUAUACAUCCAGAAGCAACCAAAAUAUGCUGGUCUCGCGUAACUCCUGCUAAAACUGAACCACAAAGUCCGACAGAAGCGGAGAGUACAUUAAUGAAGCCCCAAUCAGUCAGAGUUUCUGCUCGUAAUCUAGCCAAGAAAUGCAACACAGCCCAAUCCACUUGCACAUCAACGACUGAAUCACCAACUGAAAAAAAGAAAGGAUCUGAAACAAAAAAAUUAUCCUCAGUUGCCAAAAAAAAUUCACCUAGUACAAAAAUAUCAUUAACUGAAAAAUCAUCAAUUGAUAAACCCUCUGUUAAAAAACCAACCACGGAUGAAUUGUCAAGCGAUCAGCUAGAAACUGAAUCAGCAUCACCGACUAAAAGUGAAAGUGAUAAAGUAACAUCAACAGGUACGCAGAUCAUUGACCUACCUGUUGGUGAAAUCGUUAAAAAUACAGUUCCUUCAAAAAGAAAGAACAUUGAUGAAUCAGUUGAUGGUGAAGAUGCACUAACCAAGAAAUCGAAAACAGUCAAAGUAAACUGUCCAGUCCAUAAUAAAGAUACAACUAAUAGCGAAAAUAUUGAUAAACAAGCCUCAUCUAGUAAUAAAAAUAACUCUACAGGAAAGAACUGUUUAUGUAAAAGUAGUGCCAAAUACAUGUAUUUAUAACGUAUUUAUGUGCAUGGUAAGCAGGAAGAAGUUAUUGUACAAAAGUAGAAGCCACAAUUAUUCAUUAAAAUGCAAACAGGUUAUUAAUAAUCCAGAUAUGAUAGAUCCUCGAAAUAUUAAAAAAGAAUUUGAAAUUUUGAACUUUGAUCCUCUACAGUUAGAGACAGGACAUGCAGCCAUUGUAAUGAUUAAAAAUGGAAAAACUGGAAUAGGAAAAGUCAUAAACACUACUAAUAUAGGGAAAAGUAAUGCAUUUGAAAUACUCUGGUAUAAAGGUGAAAUAGGAAAAGAUCGAACAUAUUCUCUCUGUGGUGAAGAGGAUACUUCAUUCGGUCAAGGAAAAACAGUUUAUUUACUAGAAACUUCCAUGAUAGAUGUAAAUAAUUUGAUUUGUUCCUUCAAAUAUGAUUUCCAGAACAAUAUACCAGAUGUUUUAAAUGAUGAGAUUAAUAAAGCUCUUCUCUUUAAAAAUGUAUAAACAGAUCUCCAGGCUGUGCUCUAAUUUGGAACAUAAUAAAAUUCUUGGAUUAAGUUGUUUGUACAGAAUUUUUCUAAAUAUACAAUAAAAAUAAUGUUAAGAUAAUGUGUCAACUGUUCACAAGCUGUAAACACAGAAAUAGUUUUAAAAGUGUCACCAGUUACCAAAGUGUUUACUAAAUAAAUAAUGAUUAUAAAUUGUGCCAUCUUUUAUGUGUGUGCAGUAUAAUUACUAUUGUGGUUUAUAUUCGCUAAGUGUCAACAAUAGAUAUGUGAAGUGUUCCAGAAAUGUUUAAAUACUAUUAAUGUGUUUAAUGUUCCCACGGUGUGUACAGUAGAAAUACUGUUAAGUGUGUGAACAGUAGCUAGAAAAACUAUUGAAGUGUUAAAUAGAAAAACUAUGAAAGUGUUAAAUUCCUAAGUGUCAAUAUUAGAAAUAUGGUUAAAGUGUUAGAUGUUUCCAAAGUGUGUACAGUAGAAAUAUUAUUAAAGUGUGAACUAUUCCCAAAUUGUGUAAAAUAGAAAUACUUGUACAGUUGUAUUAUGAAAUGUUGAAAAUGAGUGUGCAAGUGGAAGAUUUGUAUGUUAAAUUUGGAUUGAAAUAAAAAGACAUUGAAUGAAGUUUGGCAGAUGCUUAGUGUGAAGUAAUACUGUUUGUAUCAAAAUACCUGAUCCUGCAUGUGAAAUAAUUGAAGUGUUAAAAACAUAAGGAAAAUAUUAGGUUUGAAAUAAUGUUAGUGUUAAUUUAAAGAGAUGUACCCUAUGUGUAGGAAAUCGGUUUAUUAUUUAGAAUCAUAGACAAUAAAAUUGUUGAGUGCUUUAUAUUUAUAAAAGAAAGAUGUAACACAUUCAACAGAUAAACAAUUAUAAUAAGAAUAUAUGAUAUAUAAGCUUACAUAUAUACAUUAAAAAAUAUAUAUAUUUUGUGGCGGCAUACCUUUUAUCUUUUCAUCGUUUAUAGUGUAAUAAAGUAGUGCAGCUUUACCAUUGUGCUAAUAUAUUUUGGAUAUGUAUUACUAUUAACAAGGUUUGGCGUUGACACCCCGAAAACUUAAUCUUUAACGAUAAGAAAACAUAUAGUCAGAAACACAAUUCAACAUCGUGAUUGAAGAUGAAAAAUGUCAUUUAUAUUCCACAGAUGACUUGAAGACACAAAUCAUGCCCGUAUGACAGCUUUCACCUGUUAUCUCAAUGAAGAAAUGCCUCCAAUUGUGACAGAGUGUGUACAUGUGGGUUCAAUGCCUGUACUCGAUGCCCCAAAUGUCCCAAACAUACUCUUAACGGAUGAAGGUCAGGACCUAUUGUAGCAAUAUUGCUAGAAUUUUUGCUCUUGAAAUUAAUGAUGGCAUUAUAUUGUAUUAAUUAAUAUCUUUGGCAAGUUAUUAGAUUCACAUAUAUGUACUUAAAUCAAGUUAGCAAAUGAGUGGCAAUGGCAUAUUGUUACAUAAAAUAAAGAGUCAUAAUGUGGUAAACAUUCAAUUCGAGGUUGAUAACAGAUAUCUUGUGGGAAAUUUCUCCAGUAAAUUUCCACUAACCAUAUGAGGGUGGGUUUCAACGUCAUUUGACUUAAUUAACCAAUCUCUUUGAUUAUUUACAUCCUAUUUGACCAAUUAGAUGAUUGAAGGUCCAAAACCCAAAGCUACAAAAAUAUCAUACUUGUGAGAAUUUAUCAGACAACAGACAGAUACUGGAAGGGAAAAGAUGUAGCAAUUUCUAUCAGCAGACUCGCCCCAGCGAGUCUGACUGGGUAUGUUUAGAGAAUGACUUUAGUAUUGUAAUCUAUACUAUGCUUGUAUCCAUGUAUCCGGCUAUGUUAUGUAAAAUGUAAAAACGAA